AUGCUGAUUCAAUCUGUGUGUGAAACGCUGGUACCGAAAUUGGUCAGUGAAGAUAUUGCCCUGUUGUUCUCGCUAUUAUCUGAUGUUUUCCCAUCCAUUCAUUACACGCCGAAUCAGAUGCUUGAGCUUCGACAACAAAUUGCUCAAGUUUGUGACGAAUUUAUGCUUUGCCAUGCGGAUAUGACAGGAGAACUUGGAGCUGCUUGGGUUGAGAAAGUGCUACAACUCUAUCAGAUCACUAACCUAAACCACGGUCUCAUGCUCGUUGGAGCCAGUGGCAGCGGAAAGACUAUGGCUUGGAAAGUGCUGUUGAAAGCGCUUGAACGUCAUGAAAAGAUUGAAGGAGUCGCGCAUGUGAUUGAUGCUAAGGCAAUGAGCAAAGAUGCAUUGUAUGGUGUACUGGAUCCAAACACUAGGGAAUGGACAGAUGGAUUGUUCACUUCCGUAAUCAGGAAAAUCAUUGAUAAUGUCCGAGGCGAAAGUGAAAAGCGACAAUGGAUCAUCUUUGAUGGAGAUGUUGACCCCGAAUGGGUAGAAAAUCUGAACUCAGUGCUUGAUGACAACAAGUUGCUUACUCUACCAAAUGGAGAGCGUCUAGCCAUUCCACCAAAUGUAAGUACGGUUGUUCGUAUCAUCUUCGAAGUCGCAGACCUGAAAUACGCCACUCUGGCUACCGUGUCGCGUUGCGGUAUGGUAUGGUUCAGUGAGGAAGUGGUUACGACUGAAAUGAUGUUCGAA